AUGAAUACCGCCGGCCUUUCUGUGAGAAAGUACAGUGAAAGAGACCAGUUCCAUGCAGGGUUCAGAAUCGAUGCCACCAAAAAUGAACAGGAUGCCAGUAAAAUGUUCAUUGGGGGACUUUCUCCAGAACUGAACAAGCAAGCACUUCUGAAAUACUUGUCACAUUUCGGUGAGGUAAUUGAUUUUAUCAUAAAAAUAGACCCAAAUACCGGCCUCUCUAGGGGAUUUGGAUUCGUGCUUUUCAAAGAUAGUUCUGCCGUAGAGAAGGUGCUGCAAGUGAAAGACCACAAAGUGGAUGGAAAGAAAGUAGAGUUUAGAAGGGCUAAAGCCGUUGAAUCUCAAUUCCCCAUCAAAAAGGUUUUUGUGGGUGGGUUGAACCCUCGAGUUUCUGAAGAAAAAAUAAGAGCCUACUUUGGCACAUUUGGGCAGAUAGAGGCUGUUGUGCUUCCACUGUGUUCAAAUACACAAAGGAGAAGAGCUUUUGGCUUUAUCAAAUACACGGAGGAAACCCCUGCUAGAAAGGUCUUAGAAACCAGGUUCCAUUUCAUUGGUUCCAGCCGUUGUGAAGUUAAAAUGGCACUCCCAAAAGAAUAUCCUGGAAGACAGAGUAAAAUUAAAGCUAAGGCUAUGGUUAGUGAAAGAAAAGCUAUUCCAGCUGCUGGGUUUGAAAGCCACUGGAGAGGAGAAUGCAGCCAAGGCUUCCAAUUUAUGGCUAACUCAGAUGCACAAGAAGACAACCUAGAUGCCCAAAGAACUAAUCCAUAUACUUUCAGAGCAAACUCAAAUAUCACUGUGACCAAUGCCAAUGGUUUCAGGGAUACCCCCAGUGAAUUGCAGGCAAAUUCCAAUACUUUGGGGACAAAUUCAAGUGCUUUCAUGGCAUGCCAGCAUGUUUCCAGGCCAAUCACAAAUACUGUAGGGGUAAGCAACUAUGCUCUGGGGUCAAACACAAAUGCCGUCUGGGCAUAUCAGGAUGUUCUUGGUUGGGCAAGUCCAAAUGCCUUCAGGACAACCCAGUACACUUUGGAACCAUACCCAAAUCCUUUUGGAGUAAGCCAAUAUGCUUUGGCAUCAUAUCCAAAUGCUUUUGGGAUAAGCCAAUGUGCUAUGGGGGCAACCCCAAAUGUAUUCUGGACAUACCAGUAUCCUUUGGGAACGUACCCAUAUGCUUUUGGGCUAAGCCAGUAUGCUUCUGGGACAAGCCCAAAUACUUUUGUGACAAGUCAGUAUACUCUGAGUGCAAACUCAAAUGCCUUCAGGCCAAAUUACUAUGCCUUUGUGGAAAACCCAUAUGAUUUCUGGACAAGACACUAUGCUUUAGCAGCAACCCCAUGUGCUUUCAGGGCAUGCCCAUACGAUCUCUGGGCAAACCCACAUACUUUUGAGGCAAGUCAGUAUGCUGUCGGAGCAACACAAAAUGGCUUUGGAGCAAAUGGGAACUUCUAUGGGACAAUUGGAAGUGGCAGAAGCACUGAAGGACUUAAUUUCUCUCAAGUACACGGCAAUUUCCUGAAUGUAUGCAAUACCCUUCCAGCUUUGCAAGGCUCUAAUGGAGAUUAUUUCUUCCUAUACAGCUAUAGGGCUUAUGACUUGGGAUCUGUUCUUAAUUACAAUGUGCAAAUAAAUCAGCCCUCUCCCCUUGGUAAUGUUUACCAGGGAAUUUAUUCAGCAUUUGAAGCCUAA